GUGUAAUGCGCGUUCUUUCCGUUUACUAGAUGGGGCUGCGACAUGCUGCACACGAGCUUCAUCACGUGACGAUGGUUCUUCUGGUGAACUACAUCGGGUUGCACCAGAAUGUGCUACCACGUCAGAACUGAUACUUUGCGCGGUGGAGGAGACGGAGUUCCGUGUCCUCUUCAUACGAUUGAACGAGUUGACAGGAGAUCUGAUGG